UCAGUAAAGUAAGCUUAUAAUAUAUCGAGAAUAAACGAGGUUACUUUAGUAUUACAAAUGUUGCGAACUCUGACUAUUAACCUUGCCAAAUGCCGGCGUUUUCAAAAUGCUGAUUCACUUAUCAAAAUACACAAAAAACAUGUAUCGUUGAGUUCCCAACUCAGAAAUUUACAAUCUGUUAAAAUCGUUAAUGCUAUGGAAGACAAAUCAAACUUUUUACUGCCAAAUAAUCAAAGAUUUGUUGAAUUAGAUAGUUCUGAAGCUUUUGAGAAUUUAUCAAAACAAGAAAAACUUUAUGCUCAUUAUUUGAGUCAGGCAGCAUGGAAUGGGGGACUGAUUGUUCUUGUUCAAACAAGCCCAGAGUCUCCUAAAAUAUUUUCAUUGCUGCACAGAAUUUUCAUUGCUGAACCUUUGGAAGAGCUUAAGAAUUCGGCUUUGAAAGCUGGUGUCUCAAAAGAUGAUUUUCAGGCUUUCCUAGUCUAUGCAGGCGCGUUGUUUGCUAACAGUGGCAACUACAAGGGCUUUGGAGACACAAAAUUCAUUCCAAACCUAUCAACUGAGUCUUUUGAACUGAUUGUUAAAGCGUCUAACGCUUAUGAGAAUGAUAACACUCAUAUUUUAAAGUUGUGGGAGAAUACAAAGGGAGCAAUUUACAGUAUUAUUCCUAGACUGACUAGCUUGGGAUUAGCUAAAAAGGGUGUCACUACUUACUUUUCAAGUAAUUGUACUGAAGAGGAUUCAGCUUUAGUAAACGACUGGAUGAAGACAAAACGAAUUGAGGCGUAUAUUUGUCGUACUUUUAAAACAAUUUCCGAUGAUGGAUUACCAUUAUAUACCAUACACUAUGCCAGUGUUGAGACGACACCAAAACCACCUCUAACAAUGGAAAAGGAGAAAUACAAAAAUGCAUACUUCCGAGUUACCCGUGGAGACUACUCUCCACUUUUGAAGUUGGUCAAUGAAAAUUUAGAGAAGGCUGUCCAAUAUGCGGCUAAUGACAAUGAGAAGAACAUGCUCAAGCAUUACAUUAGCAGCUUCAAAGAAGGUGACCUGAACGAGCAUAAGGAAGGUAGCAGAUAUUGGAUCAGAGACAAGGGACCAAUCAUUGAAACAUACCAAGGCUUUAUUGAGACAUACAGAGAUCCGAGCGGCCAACGAGGCGAAUUUGAAGGUUUUGUUGCGAUGGUCAACAAGGAGAUGUCUAAGAAGUUUGGUGCGCUGGUCGACGGAGCUGAACAGUUCCUGAAACUGCUGCCGUGGGGACAGGACUUUGAGAAGGACUCCUUCCUACGACCAGACUUCACUAGUUUGGAUGUACUGACUUUCUCGGGUAGUGGCAUCCCGGCUGGCAUCAAUAUCCCUAAUUAUGAUGAAAUUCGCCAAAAUGAAGGUUUCAAGAAUGUGUCACUUGGCAAUGUGAUCCCUGCUUCUUACAAGGAGUCGGUUAUUCCGUUCUUAUGCGAGUCCGACAAGCAGUUACUUGAGAAAUACAGGGUUGCUGCUUUUGAGGUGCAAGUAGGUCUUCACGAGCUACUAGGACACGGCAGCGGUAAAUUGUUCAGACAAAACGCCGAUGGAACAUUCAAUUUUGACAAGGAGAAAGUCAAAAACCCACUAACAGGUAAAGCAAUCGAGUCGUGGUACACUGAAGGCGAGACGUACGACAGCAAGUUCACGACGCUCGGCUCGGCGUUCGAGGAGUGUCGUGCCGAGGCCGUCGGACUCUACCUGUCGCUAGAGCCAGAGAUACUAAAGAUUUUCGGCUACGAAGGCAAAGAGGCGGAGGAUGUAAUGUACGUGAACUGGCUAAGCCUGCUUUGGAAUGGCGCCGCCAAGGCCACGGAAAUGUACCAGCCCUCCACCCAGACCUGGCUUCAGGCUCACGCGCGCGCCCGUUUCGUUCUGAUGCGUCUGUUGGAACAAGAAGGCAACGGCUUGCUGACUAUAUCCGAGACGGAGCCGGGCAAGAACCUGCUGCUCACCCUGGACAGGAGUAGACUGGCCACCGACGGCAAGAGGAUUAUUGGCUCGUUCCUCGUGAAGCUUCAGACUAUAAAGGCGACGGGCGACUUCGCCGGCGGCGAUGAGCUGUUCCGCGCGCUCAGCGAGCUCGCCGAGCCCUGGGCGCGCUGGCGCGACAUCGUCGUCUUGCACAAGCAGCCUCGCAACAUAUUCGUGCAGCCGAACACUGUGCUCGCAGGUGACAGUGUGAAGUUGUCGCGGUAUGCGGCGUCGGCGGAGGGGCAGGUGCAGUCGUGGGUGGAGCGGUUCCCGACACCCGCCGUCGACGACGCGCUGGAGCAGCUCGCCGAACACGAUCGACAGUACUUCGCGGACCUACUCGCCUGAAUGUAGCCGCGGACCCGCACACAUAGACUACGGGCCAAAAGCCACAUACAGAGACAUAUUUAAAAAAAUUGACAAAUAUGUCUGAAUAGUACGACAAAUAUUUAAUUUAUUGAAGUUAAUUUACUAAUCCAUAUUCGAUUUAAUUUCGUCAACGUAUAAUGGAUUUAACAUAACGCGUUAUUACACCUCUUGUUUACUAUCCCCGCGUUCCAUUUGAUGUUAAAAACGAUCAAAACGCUCAAAAUGCCUCCUAUUUUGAGCGUUUUAAUCGUUUUUGACAUCAAAUGGCACGCGGGGUAUAUGUUUAAUAUCUAUGGUCUAUGUCUACGGUAAAAGUUCGUGUGCCAUGCUCAUGUUUAUGUUAUAAUGUAAGGAACGCGCCUUUGGAUCAGUCACAACUCGCACCAUAACGUCUCGAUAAAAAAAUAAACUUCUAGAAAUAAAAGUGCAAACGACACAUUUAGCCCAAUGCAGCUCGAAGUUGCAGAGGUUCAUCUCGUUUCUGUGUGAACUGACAAAGUUGUGUCAAUGAAAUUUAAAAAAACAUGCGCAAGGCAAACUACAACAACACAACUGAUAAAUAAUAAUGUUUGAUACCAGCGUACUAAGCACAGAAUAUAUUUUUUAAUUUAA